UGCAAGUCUGCAAUUAUCUCACGAAGUUAAUUAAAAGUAAAAUUUUAUAAAAACAACUAAAGGUGCCCCAGCCUUGGAAUCCUUGAGGUCCUCGUGCUGGUGGUGGCAGCAGCUGUGGGCUGUUGGCAUCGGGCGGGAGCCAGCGGGGGGCGGGAGCACGCAGUUGUGGCGGGCGGGGGGUUGUUACCAAUUAACCGGCUCCACUGGUUUUCCUCUAAAUCAUGAAAAAUCACACCUGCAGGGGAGCCGGCUUGCGGCUUCCCAUCCCCAGUGGAGGCCCCGGGCUGCGGCCAGGAGCAGGUGGUGGGCAUGGCGGGCACGCUGGAGCCGGACCCACCUGUGGAAGCUGGUGGGGACGAGCGGCCCAAGUGGGACAACAAGCUCCAGUGCCGCCUGAGCUGCGUCGGGUUUGCCGUGGGCCUGGGCAACCUCUGGAGGUCCCCGUACCUGUGCCAGACCUACGGGGGAGACACCUUCCUCAUCCCCUACCUCAUCGCGGCCUUCGAGGGCAGCCGCUUCCACAUCGAGCUCACCAUUGGCCAGCGCCUGCGCAGGGGCAGCCUCGUGUGGAUGGCCAUCUCGCCCUACCUGGGCACGGCCGGCAUGCGCUGCGACGUGGUCCUGGCCAGCAUGCACUGCGACACGGUCCUGGCAUGGGUGCUGUGGUACCUCCCCAGCUCCUCCCACCCGCUGCCCUGCAGUGCCUGCCCGCUGGACCUCAACCACACGGGCACUGCUCUCGGGGGGGAAUGCCGGGACAGCAGCGCUGUGAGCCUCUUCCGGUACCGGCAGACACUAAACGUCACGGCCGACACCAACGACAGUGGCUCUGUCCAGUGCUGGCUGCGGGUCUGCUUGACGGCCUCCUGGGCCAUGGUGUACCUGUGUGUCAUCAGAGGCACUGAGACCACUGGGAAGGCAAUUUUCGUGGCCUCGUUCCCGCACCUGCUCCUCUCGGUUUUCCUCAUCAGAGGACUCACCCUGCCUGGGGCGACCGAAGGAUGGACCUACCUAUUCGCGCCCGACAUGCAGGUCCUGCAGAGCCCCCGGGUGUGGCUGGAUGCAGCCACCCAGAUACUCUUUUCUCUGUCCCUGGCCUUCGGAGGACACAUCACUUUUGCAAGUUACAACCCGCCCAGGAACAACUGUAAGAGGGACGCGGUGACCAUCGCCCUGGUCAACGGCAUGACCUCCCUCUGUGUGCCCAUUACUGUCUUCUCUGUCCUGGGGUUCAAGGCGGCCAGCGACCACGGGCGCUGACUGGACGGGGGAGCACGAAACAUCCGCUGCCUCGUCAACGCCUUCGAUCUCCCCGACCAGAGCAUCUCCAGGGAGGACUACGCGGCUGCCCUCGCGCACCUUGACUCCACCUGGCCCGAGCGGGUGGGGCUCCCCCUGGAGGCCUGCUGCCUGGAGGACUUCCUGGAUAAGAGCGCCCCGGGCACAGGCCUGGCCUCCGUCGUCGUCACGCAGGUGCGCCCCCACGUGCCGGGGGCCCCCGUUUGGGCCAUGCUCUUCUCAGUGAUGCUGUUCAGCCUGGGCCUGACGUCCACGCUCAGGAACACGGAAAGCGUCGUCACACCACUCCUGGACUUGAAGGCCACGCCCAGAUGGGUCCCCAAGGAGGCCCUCCCUGCAGGGCUUGUCCUCACUGCCCUGCUGCCUCUACCCUCUGGCUGGCCCGCCUGCUUCACGCUGCGGGCGGGAAACUACUGGCUCGAGACCUUUGACCGCUACGUCACUUCCCUGGACCUGAACCUCUUCACGUUCUCCGAGGUGGCUGGUGUCAUUUAUGUUUAUGGGAUGAAACGGUUCUGUGACGACAUAGCGUGGAUGACCGUGCGCGGUCCGGUCUACUGGCAGGCGACCUGGAAGGCUGUCAGCCCCCUGCUGCUGCCGACCACCUUUGUGGCCUACAUUGCCCUCCUGGCCAGCUCACCCCGGGGCGAGGCCUGGAACCCCCAACACGGCCACGUGGGCUGCUUGUGCUCUGAGACCCCAGAUCCCCAGAUCCCCGAUGUCCCCGGGGGCAACGGUGCCGAUUCCAGUGACCUUGGGCAAGGGCCUCCGUCGGUGGCGGGAGGACAGGAGCAGUUUCCAGACUCCGGUGACUUCGCAGCCCCUGUGGCCGAGCGUCCGCCUCGCUGCGUCCGGGAGUGGAGGUGGGGGGGACCUGCCCCCUGUCGAUGCCCACCUCGGGGCCUCGUGUCCUGCAGCACAGCUCCCUUCAGGCAGGAGCAGGCCUGCCCGGGCUGGGUGCGGGCCACCUGCGCGCUCCUGUCCUCCCUGCCUGCACUGUGGGUCCCGCUGGCCCCGCUGCUCACCCGGCACAGACAGAAGCGGCAGGACAGGCGUCCUAAGCUGCACGGCGGUGGGGGGGCGGCCGAGGGCGGGGCCGGGUGGCAGGGAGGGCCCUGCCUGUGCCGGAGCCCGACCACGCCAGCACACACUCGCCUGACCCGAGGCCCGCGGUCGCGGCUCCCGACGCUGUCGCGCCCUCCAGACCAGCUCGCGGCACAGCCCAGCGCCGACACUGCAGUCCACGCGCUUCCCCAGAUGGGGGACAGCCCGCCGUCUGCCUCCUGGGCCCUGCGGCGGGCCAGGCACUGUACCCGGCGACUCCACGGGCAAACAACUGGGGUGCCGACAGCCAGGCCAGCGGUAGGGGGGCAUCUGGGAAGGCCCAGCCACACCCCACAGCCGAGGGGUCUCGUGCCACGCGAGCUUGGGAACCUGCAGGCAGGGCCGAUCUCCAAGGAAAAGCAGACUGCGUUCUCUGCCAUGAGGCCCCGCCCCAUAGAAGUCCCUUUCUUUACCUAGAGCUCUGGAGUCACGGGGAGGGUCUGGUGUGCUGCACGUGACGGGGAAUCUCGGGGGUGUGGGUCCGUCUCGACCGAUGUUCGGGCCACCCAAUGCAGAGACUCGUCACAGAAGCACGGCCCAUCCCGCUCUCAAAGGCCAGGGAGCUGCGGCGGGAAAGCCAGCAGCGAGGCCGCCUCUUCCCAGGCUUGGCUCAGAAGCCCUGCCUUUAUUCUUACAGACUUUCUCAGUCGAAUGUGUCAGGAAUGAUCAAAAAGGCCGAUUAUCACGCAGGUUUCGACUGCCUCCAGGGGAAGGCCGUCCUCACUCAUGCCCGGUCCUUCCUUCAGACAAGACCUGCCCAUUCUCAAGCCCACUCACCUCCACCCGCCCUCCUCCGACAGCCAGAGGUCAGCUCUACGGCGCUGGGCACUGGAUACACGGGCUUGCUUCCAGCCCCCAGCCCCGCGGCCUCACUCAAGGAGACCGUGUGUGUCCUUGUAUCCUGCUGGGAACACGUCCCGCUAAGCUCCAGUCCCAGGCGGGGCCAACGCUGUCCGUGGUCCUGAACCACCCCCAGCUGACAAGUGCCACGGUGUGGCCAGGCAUGCGUGAAGGGGCCCUCCUCGCCCUCGGCAGCCCAGACCCCAGCAAACAGAAGCACGUGCACUACAGCCCACCUAAGAGGAGCUGAGUAUUAACGCGGGGUUAACCCAAGAGUGCCCCCAGAGUGAGUCCUAAGCCGCACGGGGAGCCCGGGGCCCGCACGUUGCCCACUCCGUGCCACACUCCGUGGCUCGUGGCCCCUUCCUCCAUCAAAAAGCCAACACAGCCGUAAGUCUUCUCAGCCUCCCUCCUCCACGUUCAGGGACCCUGGGCUUCCAGUGGGUCCGCCCAGGGGAUCCGGGAUCACGUCCCGGCUUCAGGUUAGCUGAUUAGUUACAAACUCCACCUGCACCUGUAAUGCCCCUUUGCCACGUCCAGUGACGUGGAUUCUGGGGUUAGUGUGGCGUCUUUGGGGGUCAUUAUUCGCCCGCCAGCGCCUGGGGGACUCUGAGCUGCCAGGUCUGGGAAGCCCUCUGCUCUACAGCAAGCUUCACGGGUGAGCAUCCCAUGGCUGGGCCAGCACACACCAGGGCUAUGGCGGUGAGGGGAGCAGAGCCGUGGGGCUGAGGGCCCCCGGGCAUCGUCUGUGCCCUGCUUUCACUCCUGCCCCUCGUGCCUUUCACACCUUGGCUUCUCUGGCUGUGCACACAUCUGGGGGCACGGGAGUCAGAGGCUCCUUCACCUGCAGUUCAGACCUAGGGAAGCCCAAGAAACUAGACGGUUUUUCUUUGCUUCUCAGAAUGUUAUUAUUUUCACGUUUCACCCUGAGGAGACUCGGUAGUCUGCGUGGUGAUUUAAAACAAUAGAUAAAUCAGAGUGAGGUCUUACUCAGUUGCGCCUGACCAGAGCACACGCCCUUCCCAAGGGUUUUACGCUUUAGUAAAAUACAAGUGACUUUGAGUAAAACUGGGACAAAAUGCAUGUAGUAGACAAGGUUCUAGAGGCAUGCAGAAGGCAGAAAACUGAGCCAUGACUGACCUGUUUCUGGAAAUGCCAGAAACAGGUCCAGGGGUGCUGGGAGCCUGUGGUGGCCGGUGGCGGGUCAGUGGGGUGCAGCUGUGGGGUCCAGGUCACCUCCCCCUGCAUGGGGAACUCUCUGCUUUGGGCAGCAGGUCAGUCCUUCCCAGCAGGGGCACCGCCAGGCCGGCAGCAGGUGGGUGGGGUCAGUCCCGCACUGAUUAUUUAUGAUGCGCUUGUGGACUUGGGUCCAUCAUAAACGCUCAGUCACUCGGACGCUGCAGCAGUGGCAGUGAACGGGCAACAGCCAUAAACCCCGGCAGGCGGCCUGCACUCACGCUCAGCUGAUCUGGGCUGUGUUAGCACCGAGCCCGUCCAAGGUACGCUUGACGGCACCUGCCACAUCACGUGGACCCAUCAGGGCCAUCCUGGAAGGAAGCCUCGGGAAUUGCUCAAGGUCAUCAAAAUGCCGCUUUCCAGCCUCCGUGUCGUCCCCGGGCACAGGGCAGAGAGCCGGCCCCCAGGUCACCCCCUGAGCUGCCCCUCCUGCUGUGAGCCCUGCGGGGCUCUGAAGGGCGCAGCCUCAGUGCAGACAGAGCAGGGCAGGCCUGGGCGCUGGCUUCUCCAGGUGGAGGCGCCUCACGGGGACCUGAGGCCGGCUGGACGCGGAGGCGGGGACGCUGACGGGCUGCUGCGAGGGGGCCCGCUCUCACACAAGCCCCCCGGCACCUCAGAUCCUCCUGGUGUCGGCUGAGCCGUGUCCCUGCAGCCUCGCCCUUACCCACCUCCUGAGCCCUGACCCUGACGCUGGACCCAGCCAGCCUGUGUCAGCUCCACCCCGGGGGGGUCACGGCAUGGAAGACAGCCCCCAGACCAGCCUCCAACUUCCCUGCCCCCCAGCAGCACCAAUACCACCUGGAAAUAAUUUGAUUCACAUUCCCAG